CACUCUCCUCCGACUUUAAGGAACUUCCUUUCCCGGCGGGCGCCGCGAACUCCUCCUCUUCUGCUUUACCUCCCUCCCGCCUUCUCUCGCUCUCCGUCGAGUAGUCAGUCGGGCAGCUGAGUGUUGGGGUGCUGAUCGCGUGCAGCAGGACUCUGCACAGCCAUGCCCGAGGUAGUGGAUACGUGCUCCUUGGCCUCCCCGGUGUCCGUCUGCCGGACCAAGCACCUGCACCUGCGCUGCAGCGUCGACUUUACUCGCCGGGUACUGACCGGGACCGCCGCACUCACCGUCCAGUCCCAGGAGGACAAUCUGCGCAGCCUGAUUCUGGAUACAAAGGACCUUACAAUAGAAAAAGUGGUCAUCAAUGGACAAGAAGUCAAAUAUGCUCUUGGAGAAAGACAAAGUUACAAAGGGUCACCAAUGGAAAUCUCUCUUCCUAUUGCUCUGUGCAAAAAUCAAGAAAUUGUUAUAGAAAUUUCUUUUGAGACAUCGCCAAAAUCUUCUGCUCUUCAGUGGCUCACUCCUGAACAAACUUCUGGGAAGAAACACCCCUAUCUCUUUAGUCAGUGCCAGGCAAUCCAUUGUAGAGCAAUUCUUCCUUGCCAGGACACUCCUUCUGUGAAAUUAACCUACAGUGCAGAGGUGUCUGUCCCUAAAGAACUGGUUGCACUUAUGAGUGCCAUUCGUGAUGGAGAAGCACCUGACCCAGAAGACACGAGCAGGAAGAUAUACAGAUUCAGCCAAAAAGUUCCGAUCCCCUGCUACUUGAUUGCUUUGGUUGUUGGAGCUUUAGAAAGCAGGCAGAUUGGCCCAAGGACAUUGGUAUGGUCUGAGAGAGAGCAGGUGGAAAAGUCUGCUUACGAAUUUUCUGAGACUGAAUCUAUGCUUAAAAUUGCAGAAGAUCUGGGAGGCCCAUAUAUUUGGGGGCAGUAUGACCUAUUGGUCCUGCCGCCAUCCUUCCCUUAUGGCGGCAUGGAACAUCCUUGCCUCACUUUUGUAACUCCUACUCUGCUGGCAGGUGACAAGUCACUCUCCAAUGUUAUUGCACAUGAAAUAUCUCAUAGUUGGACAGGAAAUCUAGUGACCAACAAAACUUGGGAUCACUUUUGGUUAAAUGAAGGACAUACUGUAUACUUGGAACGCCACAUUUGUGGACGGUUGUUUGGUGAAAAGUUCAGACAUUUUCAUGCUCUGGGAGGAUGGGGAGAACUCCAGAAUUCGAUAAAGACUUUUGGAGAGACACAUCCUUUCACCAAACUUGUGGUUGAUCUGACGAACGUAGACCCUGAUGUGGCUUAUUCUUCAGUUCCCUAUGAGAAGGGCUUUGCUUUACUCUUUUACCUUGAACAGCUUCUUGGAGGACCAGAGGUUUUCCUAGGAUUCUUAAAGGCUUAUGUUGAGAAAUUUUCCUACAAGAGCAUAACCACUGAUGACUGGAAGGAUUUCCUGUAUUCCCACUUCAAAGAUAAGGUUGAUAUUCUAAAUCAAGUUGAUUGGAACGCCUGGCUGUACUCUCCUGGACUUCCCCCUGUGAAGCCCAAUUAUGAUAUGACUCUGACAAAUGCUUGUAUUGCCUUAAGUCAAAGAUGGAUUACCGGCAAAGAAGAUGAUUUAAAUUCAUUCAGCUCAGCAGACCUAAAAGACUUCUCUUCUCAUCAGGUGAAUGAAUUUUUAGCACAGAUGCUCCAGAAAGCACCUCUUCCAUUGGGGCACAUAAAGCGAAUGCAAGAGGUGUACAACUUCAAUGCCAUUAACAAUUCUGAAAUACGAUUCAGAUGGUUACGACUCUGCAUUCAAUCGAAAUGGGAGGAAGCAAUUCCUUUGGCUCUAAAAAUGGCGACUGAACAAGGAAGAAUGAAGUUUACACGACCCUUAUUCAAGGACCUUGCUGCCUUUGACAAAUCCCACGAUCAAGCCAUCCGUACCUACCAAGAGCACAAGGCAUGUAUGCACCCCGUGACUGCCAUGCUUGUGGGAAAAGAUUUAAAAGUGGAUUAAGGACCUGUCCAUUGCUGAUUUCAGACUUUUCUCUUUUUAAAAUUGAAUUCAUAAUGAAAUACAAAAUUUCAGCUCACAUUGUAACUAAAAAUGUCUUUUUAGUUUUGGCUUUUUAUUGUUUGGUCAGUGAUUUUUUUUUUUUUUUUCAUAAAUAAAGCUGAUCUAUCUCCCCUCCUAC